GUCGCCGUCACGCGCGGCCGCUACGGCGUCUCCGUCACGGACCUCGGCGACCGCGUCGUCGGCACGCACCUGCGCGAGAUCGGCGAGUGGGAGCAGCCCAUCGUCGACAUCGCCGCGGAACUGCUGCGGCCCGGCGACACGGUCUGGGAGUGCGGCGGCCACGUCGGCGCGCACACGCUGGGCCUCGCGGCCGCCGUCGGCGCCUCGGGCCUCGUCCACGUCUGGGAGCCGCAGCGGGCGCCGCGGCUGCUCCUCGCCGCGUCCGUGGCGCUCAACGGCCUGCGCCACGUCGACGUCCACGGCGAGGCCCUGGGCGCGGCGGACGGC